CCAUGAUCUUACCGUAUAUAUAUAAUUAGAGUGGAAGAGGCAAGGCAGAAGCAACUUAGAAGCCAAGAAAUGGGAGAAGAAGUGAAGGUGAUAGGGAUGUGGGCUAGCUACUUUAGUUGGAGAGUAGAAUUAGCUCUAAAAUUAAAAGGCAUAGAUUAUCAAUUUAUAGACGAAGAUCUAUCCAACAAGAGUCAUUUAUUGCUCAAAUCCAACCCUGUUCACACAAAAAUUCCGGUUCUGCUUCACAAUGGUAAACCCAUUGCAGAAUCACUGGUUAUUCUUGAAUACAUCGACCAAACCUGGCCGGAUCAUCCCAUCUUGCCUAACCACCCUUACGAUAGAGCCAUAGCUCGUUUUUGGGCUAAUUUCGUCGAUGAUAAGAUCCUGCAAACAAUUUACAAGAUUGCAAUGGCUAAGUGCAAGGGAGAAGAGUUAGAGCACGAAAAUCAAGAAUUAUAUGAGAGUUUGAAGUUGCUAGAAAACGAGCUAAAAGGAAAAGAAUUCUUUGGAAAUGAAGAAAUUGGAUAUGUGGACAUUGUGGCAUUUGUUGUUGCACAUUCGUUUCAGUUGAUGUUUGAAGUUCUGCAAUUAGAAUUUAUCACUGACGAAAAAUUUCCAGUUUUAAACAAAUGGCUCGAAAAACUCCGUCAAAUUGAUGUGAUCAAAGAGUUCCUACCGCCGAAAGACAAGCAUGUCGCUCAUAUCAAAACUCGUGUUGAAAUUAUAAAAUCUACUUUCAAUUAAAAAUUUAAUGUCCUUUUCUCUAAUUUUUAUGCUUUAUUUGGUUGUUUUUUUGAAUUACGUUGCUAAGUUGGAUAAUCAAUAAAAUGUUGGGUUGUUCAA